UCUGCGCUCUGUAUGAGUUUAAUUUCUGGAUAAUUAGCAUCUCAUUGGACUGAAGAAUACAACUUGGAUCCUGUAAGCUCUUACAAGCACUAUGACCCAGAAUCCAGUGCUCAACACCACCUUGGAGGGUUUGGACCUUUCCAAUUCCUCAAGAUUGCAGGAAAACCCUUUAAGCCACCAGAACAUCACCUACGUUGACUUUUACCUCCACAAGCCAUCUGUGGCUGCAGUGUUCACCGUCUCCUACCUGCUAAUCUUCCUGGUAUGCAUGGUGGGCAACGGGGUGGUGUGUUUCAUCGUGCUGCGCAGCAAGAACAUGCGAACUGUCACCAACCUGUUUAUUCUCAACCUCGCCAUCAGCGACCUGCUGGUUGGCAUCUUUUGCAUGCCAACCACACUGGUGGACAACAUCAUCACAGGAUGGCCAUUUGGUAGCAUAGUAUGUAAAUUAAGCGGAAUGGUUCAAGGGAUAUCUGUGUCAGCAUCUGUGUUUACACUUGUUGCAAUAGCUGUUGACAGGUACCGCUGCAUUGUCUACCCUUUCAAGCAGAAGAUGACCAUCUCCACUUCAAAGCUUAUUAUUGUCAUCAUAUGGGUCCUCGCUGUGUCCAUCAUGUGUCCUUCUGGGGUCAUGCUCCAGGUUACAAAGGAGCAGAGGGUCCGAAUAGUCUUUGGCAGCAACAACGAAACCAUCCCGUUCUACUGGUGUCGGGAAAAUUGGCCCAAUCAGGAGAUGCGGAAAAUCUACACCACUGUCCUGUUUGCUAACAUCUACCUUGGUCCUCUCAGCCUUAUUGUCGUCAUGUACGCCCGCAUAGGCUUCACCCUCUCUAACAGCGCUAUUCCUCAGAUGAGGGGCAGUGGAAGUGUGUCAGAGGAGGCUGGUGGGAACAACAAAUCUAGUAUUGAGGGUCGUCACACAACAUCCAGAAAGAAGAAUCGGGUGAUAAUGAUGCUGCUGGUUGUGGCUCUGCUCUUCAUCUUAUCCUGGCUCCCUCUGUGGACACUGAUGAUGCUGAGUGACUACGCCAGCCUGACAGAGCACCAGUAUCGUGUCAUUAACAUCUAUGUGUACCCAUUAGCUCACUGGUUGGCCUUCUUCAACAGCAGUGUUAACCCCAUCAUCUACGGGUUUUUCAACCAGAACUUUCGGAGAGGCUUUCAGGCUGCUUUUAAAUUCCAGCUGUGCUCAGAUGUGUUUGGUUGCCAGAAGACCUUUGCCCAUCGGCUCCGAGGGAACGCUGUUCUCCCCGUCGAGCCUGCUGUCCUCAGUAGAUCAGGCUCAGGGGUCAGAUCAGUCUUAGUAGGGAAUGGGAAGUGCUAUCAGGCAGGAGGGAGCAUGGCAGCUAAAGGCCAUAUCAAAGAACAGGACCUGAUCAUGGAGGACCUUGAAAAGGUGUCCCAGAUUUAGACAGACUGAAACUGUGCAGCGCAUGGACACUUUCAAGGGAUCUGAGGGGUCUGGAGACUCAUGUAUUGCCAGACUGUUCGAUGGUCACCCAAUUGUGAUGCUUUGUCAUGGCCCUUUGGCAUUUGAUACAU